AAGUUCACUACACUGUUUCAAGAUACAGUCUUUUUGAGUGUACAUCUACAGUGAUUUUCUAGGGAGGGUUAGGCUCUUUUACUUCUCAACCAUUUUUUUUCCUGCCUUCCUUGUUUUCUACCGUUUUCCUCUUCCAAUCCUGUACGGUAGCUACCAAGGUUUGUGAGUUAAAAUCACCCAUAUUAAAAGGACUCUUAAUUUUGGCGGUUAUGCACAAAUCAAGAUUUUUAAAUAUCUCUCGUGAUUAUCUACACAGUGCUGCAAAGUCAAAUGGAUUUAGUUAUUCAAGACUAGAAUCGAACAGGGUUCUCAAAGAUUUGUCAAAACGGGGUCGAAUUGAUGAUGCGCGGAAUUUGUUUGAUAAAAUGCUUGACAGAGAUGAGUUUUCAUGGAACACAAUGGUUGCUGGUUAUGCCAAUUCAGGGAGAUUGACUGAAGCGAAAAAAUUGUUUUAUGAGACCCCAAUGAAGAGUUCGAUCACCUGGACGAGUCUUUUAUCGGGGUAUUGUAGAUAUGGUUUUGAAAAUGAAGCUUUUGAAUUGUUUUUGGAAAUGCAGCUUGAAGGACAAAGGCCAAGUCAAUACACGUUAGGGAGUGUUCUUGGGUUGUGUUCGACAAAUGGUUUGCUUCAAAAGGGGGAACAAAUUCAUGGUUAUGCGAUAAAGACUUGGUUUGAUUGGAAUGUGUUUGUUGUUACUAGUUUAGUUGACAUGUAUGGGAAGUGCAAAUGUGUUUUUGAAGCUGAGUGUCUUUUUGAAAUGGUGGCUGAUUGCAAAUACAAUGCAGUCUGGAGUGCUAUGCUUGCUGGAUAUUCUCAUUAUGGGUAUGGGUAUAAAGCGAUUGAGUGUUUUCGAAACAUGAGAAAUGAAGGGGUUGAGUCUAAUCAAUUUACUUUUCCAAGUAUUUUGAGAGCUUGCGGAGCGGUUAUGGCAUGUGAUUUUGGGUCUCAAGUACAUGGUUGCAUAGUCAGGACUGGUUUUGGUGCUAACAUUUUCGUUCAGAGUGCACUGGUUGAUAUGUAUGCAAAGUGCAGGGACUUGAAUAGUGCAAAGAGGGUGUUGGGGAAUAUGGAGUUUGAUGAUGAGGUUUCUUGGAACUCCUUGAUUUUGGGGUGUGUGAGGGAGGGGUUUGAAGAGGACGCUCUAUCUUUCUUCCAAAAAAUGCGUUCUAGAGAUAUGAAGAUUGAUGAAUAUACGUUGCCAUCUGUUUUGAACUCUUUUGCAUCCAUGAAGGUUAUGCAGAAUGCAAUUUCUGUCCAUUGUUUGAUAAUCAAAACUGGCUUUGAAGCAUAUAAGCUUGUCAAUAAUGCUCUUAUUGACAUGUAUGCCAAACAGGGAAAGUUAGAUUGUGCAAUCAUGGUGUUCAGCAAGAUGGUAGAUAAGGAUGUUGUCUCUUGGACCUCCCUUGUUACAGGAUACUCGCAUAAUGGCUCUUAUGAGGAAGCUAUCAAGCUAUUUUGUAAAAUGAGAAUUUCAGGUGUAUAUCCUGAUCAAAUUGCUGUUGCCAGCGUUUUGAGUGCCUGUGCAGAACUGACAGUUAUGGACUUUGGACAACAGAUUCAUGCGACCCUUGUUAAAUCUGGUCUUGAGUCAUCCUUAUCAGUUGAUAAUUCUCUUGUGACAAUGUAUGCUAAGUGUGGCAGUAUAGUCGAUGCAAAUCGUGCCUUUGACAAUAUGCCAACUCGGGAUGUCAUCAGCUGGACAGCUCUAAUAGUCGGAUAUGCACAAAAUGGCAGAGGAAAGCAUUCUCUACAAUUUUAUGAUCAAAUGAUUGCCACUGGAACAAAGCCAGACUACAUCACGUUCAUAGGUUUACUUUUUGCUUGCAGCCAUAAUGGUCUUUUGGGAAGUGGCCGUGCCUACUUUGAAGCAAUGGAUAAAGUAUAUGGGAUCAAACCAGGUCCUGAACACUAUGCUUGCAUGAUUGACCUUUUGGGGCGCUCAGGAAAACUUGCUGAGGCCAAAGGAUUACUGAAUCAAAUGGUUGUAGCGCCAGAUGCAGUAGUAUGGAAGGCCCUGCUUGCUGCAUGCAGGGUACAUAAGGAGCUUGAAUUGGGAGAGAUGGCAGCUAAGAACCUUUUUGAAUUGGAACCCAUGAACUCCAUGCCUUAUGUUAUGUUAUCUAAUAUGUAUUCCGCAGCUGGUAAAUGGGAAGAUGCUGCGAGAAUCAGACGACUGAUGAGGUCCAGGGGAAUAUGUAAGGAACCUGGGUACAGUUGGAUUGAGACAAACAGCAAAGUGAGCACCUUUAUGUCUGAAGAUAGAAACCAUCCAUUGAGAAAUGAGAUUUAUUCAAAGAUAGAUGAAAUUAUUAUGUUGAUCAAGGAGGCUGGUUAUGUGCCAGACAUGAGUUUUGCCCUUCAUGACACAGAUGAUGAAGUCAAGGAGCUUGGUCUAGCUUAUCACAGCGAGAAGCUAGCUGUUGCCUUUGGGCUUCUCACCGUGCCACAAGGAGCACCAAUUCGUAUUUUCAAGAAUCUCCGUGUUUGCGGCGACUGCCAUACAGCUAUGAAAUACACGUCCAAAGUAUAUGCUCGUCAUAUAAUUUUGAGGGAUUCAAAUUGUUUCCAUCAUUUCACAGAAGGAAGAUGCUCUUGUGGAGAUUAUUGGUAGAAGGCUUGAUUAUCUAUUAUUUACUCCACUUGUAUAUAUAUAUAAUUUUUAAGGGGUUAAUAGAGUGGUUGAGCUAUUUACAAGAUUUA